UACGACUACAAGCAAGGCAUUGCAUGCUUGUUUUAUAAAAUGUGCCUUUGAAAACUAUCAGAUUCUUGGUUUGUGGAUGGCUGUACAGGUGGUAUACUAUAGUUUUCAUCAAACCACACCCAAAACCUGGGGGCGACUGGGGGCGAAAAUGUCAGGGAGCGAAACGACCGGAUGAUACCAAACAAAAUAAUGGCCGAUUCGGAAUCGAUAUUUCAGAAAAACGUGGUUCAUUUUCAUGAAAUGGGACUCGAUGAUCGUCUUCUGAAGGCGAUCUCCAGUCUCGGAUGGUCCGAACCCACACUCAUUCAAGAAAAGGCCAUCCCACUAGCAAUGGAGGGCAAGGAUGUCCUAGCAAGGGCCCGGACUGGAUCAGGGAAGACUGCAGCGUAUGGUAUCCCCUUAAUACAGAAGAUCCUCGAGGCUAAGAGGGUUGCAAGGGAACAGAGCACCAAAGCUUUGGUGAUGACACCGACAAAGGAGUUAUGUAAUCAAGCAUACAAGAACAUCAAGGAGUUGACAACAAAUUGUUCAAGAGAAGUAAGGUGUGUGGACAUAUCAGGCCAAUCUCCAUUAGAGGCUCAGAGGCCCCUGCUGAUGGAAAAGCCAGACAUUGUGAUAGGAACCCCAAGUCGAAUCUUAGCACACAUUGCAGCCAAAAAUCUCCACUUAAAAUCCUCGUUAGAACUUCUCGUGAUUGAUGAAGCUGAUCUUGUCUUCUCAUUCGGUUAUGAACAAGAUGUGAAGUCUAUUCUGAGUCACCUUCCCAAAAUCUAUCAAGCAUUUCUUAUGUCAGCUACUCUCAGUGAUGAUGUCAAGUCCCUCAAGAAAUUAGUCCUUCAUAACCCCGUGAUCCUGAAGCUUGAAGAAUCCCAGCUCCCAGAGACCAGUCAGUUGACACAGUACCACAUUAAAUGUGAAGAAGAAGACAAGUUUGUCUUGAUCUAUGCAUUAUUCAAAUUGAAGUUAAUACGAGGCAAGUCCAUCCUAUUUGUCAAGAAUGUGGACAGGUGCUAUAGGUUAAAGUUGUUUCUGGAGCAGUUUGCCAUCCCAUCCUGCAUCCUGAACUCUGAACUACCCAUCAACUCCCGGUGCCAUAUAGUGAACCAGUUCAACGAGGGAUUAUACGACACAAUCAUAUCCUCAGAUGAGAACAUUGUGCAGAACCCUGAGGUCAAAAAGGAGGAUAAAUACAAGAAAAAGCGGAAACAAGACAAAGAGUUUGGAGUUUCUCGUGGUAUAGACUUCCAGUUCGUCUCCAACGUCAUCAACUUUGACUUCCCAGUUGAUGUUGAUUCUUACAUUCAUAGAGUUGGCAGAACUGCCCGUGGUGACAACAAGGGAACUGCACUGUCAUUUGUGAGCAUAAAGGAAAUGCCCUUACUGCAGCAAGUGGAAGCAGCUCUAUCAGAUACCGCAACGGAGGGUGAAAAUGUGUUCAAGCCGUAUCAGUUUAAAAUGGACGAGAUUGAUGGGUUCAGAUACAGAGCAAGGGAUGCAAUGAGAGCAGUCACCAAGAUUGCAGUAAGGGAGGCCAGGUUGAAAGAAAUCAAGUCCGAGAUCCUAAACUCGCAGAAGCUCAAGUCGUACUUUGAGGACAACCCAAGGGACUUACAGCUACUGCGCCAUGACAAGAGUCUCCACACAGCCAAGGUGCAGCAGCAUAUGAAGAAUGUACCAGAUUAUCUAGUGCCACCUACACUAAAGAGGUUGAGACAUGGUCCUAUAAGAGAUCGUCAGGAAAGGUCAAACAAACCACGUCGGGGUGGUGGCGCACACAGAGGAAGGUCAAAGGGACAGAUGAAAUUCAGUAAAACGAAAGCCGAUCCAUUGAAGAGUUUUGAAUUUGCUGGUCUGAGAGGAGGAAAAAAGAAAAAGAAAUCAUCUUAAUUUGUAGAUUUUAGUUUGAGAAUAAAGUGAUUAAUGAUUAUGUAA